CAAGAAUUUGCCUGUGAAUUUGGAAAACAAUGAGUUUAAUACCCAAAAAAAAAAUUUGAAGUGCAGUUUUCUUGUCUAUAAGGAUAGAAAACUGUUUUGAAAAACAGUUACCACACAUGCUUGUAACUUCCAGCUCCCGUAAUGAUGAGAGGUGAGUAAGUGGAGUGGGUUCAUAGUCAGCCACAUCGUACAGUAGCAAAUAAGGAUGGGCCAUGGCUCAUGUGAGAUCUGAAAACAAGGGAGAAAGGUGGAAAGAGAAAAGGGUUUUAUUUUGUAAAGGCUUAGGGCCUUGGGUGUUUCUGCCUGUCAUUUGCAUGAUAUCUUCAAUCAAAUUGUGCUUGACAAAGUGGAGUGGACCCCAUUCCUCCUUUUUCCCACCACCUUCCAACACCCAAUAUUAUCAUCGCUUUCUCUUCUACACUCUCUACACUUCCAGUUUGGUUCUGACUGCAAAAGCUGUGGAGUGAAGAACCCACAUCACUUCAUCAUCAUCGCCUCUGUAAAAAGGGUUAAUGCUAAGUCAUCUCACAUGCAACAGCAUCAUUCUUCAUCAUUUUAAUAUCUUCAAGUGAUUAGAUAAGGGUCAUCUCUACCAGCAUGGCAGUCAAUACAUGUGUCUCAGGAGAGGAGUGAACAUGCCCAGAACCUAGUACUCGAGAGAGUGAUUAGACAAGGUAGAACCCUUGCUGGAGAGUUAGCGACUUCUUGAAAUCUGUCAGUCCUUAUGGUGGACCAACAAGUGGAAUUCCUAGCUGAUUUUGCUGAGAAAUUUAAAGAAUUUUCCCCUGAUCAUGACAGUUUUGAUGAUUUUCUUCAAGACCAGGAAAUUGUUUAUCAAUCAUUACAAGCUAGCGGCCAGAAUAACAGAAAUAGUAAUGAUGAUCAUUGUGACCAGGAGUCCAGAUAUUUAGAAGACGGACAAUCUUCAAAUGCUGAAAGUGUUGAAUUACAGCUAGCUGUUGAUGAAGCUAUUGCUAGAUCCUUGAUGGAGGAAGACUUUGUGGAUGUAUCCAUCUCUGAACCCAGUGGAACUGCUGAAGGGGACACAGAAGUUACUGAGAAUGCGGAAGUUCGUUCUGUUGAAACUUCUGUUGCAGCUGUGAAUCAAGAUAACAUUAAUCCAGAUGAUAUGACUUAUGAGGAAUUGCAAACAUUGGGAGAAUCCAUUGGUGUUGAGAGCAAAGGUCUGUCAGUGAAGCAGAUUGCGAGUUUGCAACAUACCAAGUUCAAAGAAAAGAAGGGGUUCUUUACAACUAAAAGAAUCCAUAAGGAGUGUGUUAUAUGCUGUGUGCAAUUCAAGCACAACGAGGAGUUGAUUACUUUGUCCUGCAAACAUGACUAUCACAAGGACUGCAUUGCGAAGUGGCUGGAGAUCAAAAAGAACUGCCCUGUCUGCCAGAGGGAGGUGGAGCUGCCCGAUUUCUGAUCAAGAGAGGCUUGCUGGAUUCUGAAAUUUGUUCAUAUGUAGAUGAUGGUAGUCGUUUCUGGCUUCAAAUUUUCCUUGAAGAGCAGUGAAAAUUUCCGAACAACAGAACAGUAUAAAAUGUUUCUUCCUUUUAACAAUGAAUUGGGUUUCCUUGAGUCAUUCUCAAAAUGAAUGGUUUCAGGCGGGGCCAAGUUGGCUUGAUCGUUUGCAGUUGCAUGAACAACAAACUCUGGUGGAGGCUAGCUACAUAAUUUUAAUUUUUUCAGAUUAAUGUAUUGGCCUGAAUUGAAGCUUUCUUUUGUUAAGUGUUUUCGUACUUGCUCACAUUCAACAUAGGCUUUCAGAAACACCCUGAUUUUCAGCUCCAA